AUGAACGACGUCAAAGGUAGUGUUCCGAUAUUCGCUACGAAACGGGGGAAGGCGAAUGUCAUGCAGUUUAUUGUUACCAAUUGGACGGGUACCAAACGGGGUCGUGCUUACAGAGUGCGUUUCUUUACACCUGAUCGGGUGCAGGGAAAUCUUUCUCAGAAGGGGGAAAACAAAAAUGAGUACGAUAAAAGGGGACAAUUGCACGCAACAGAGGAGGGCGAAAAUAUGAGCAGUGCUAGUGCAACCCCGCAGGAGAAGGAGAACCCCCACCUGUUGGAGACAAUCACAAAGACAGACGACCACAAUACACACGAUACAAACAAUACACACAAUACAGAUGAAUACAGAAGAUAUGAGAAGUCGCUGAAAAAGAGAAACGUUCACGCCAUUUUACUCUGCGGAGGGAUCGGAAAGAGAACAAAGUUGGCCAGUCCGAAGCAGUUCCUCAUGUUGAACGAUAUCCCCCUCUUCCUCUAUUCAUUUAAUCUGUUCGUAAAGUGUAAUAUGGUUAAGUCGAUCAGUCUUGUGUGCGACCCGAAUUAUUUCCACGACGUUAUAGGAAGCAUUAACACAUUUAACGCUUCUCUUUUACGGAGGAAGCAUCAGAAGGGGUUCCUGCGUGAGGGUCAUUCGAAGAAUGUGCUGACCUCGUCGGAUGUACAACCUGAGGGGGAUACCAUCCAAGCUAUACAAUUUUUAAAAACGAAUAAGUAUAUAAUAUACGACAAUGAGAAGGGGAAAUGCAUCACCAAUUUGGAUGAGCUACUCAGUGAUGUUAUGGCAAAGAAGAGGCAACACCUUGGGGGGGUGAACAAGGAAGCAUGCAGAACCACAACUAAUAGGAAAUGUGUUCGUGGGAAGGUGAUAAAUAGUAUUGACGAGGUGAAGCCAAGUGAUAUUGACUCGAAUCGGUAUAAACUUAUACGGCUGCAGGGGGGCGGCCCAGAGAGGGUGGACUCCCUUUUGAAUGGGCUUCGAGGGCUGGACUUGUCCUUGCAAAACGGGGAGUACAUCUGCCAGUUGUUAAGGGGGCACGCCGCAGCGACAGAUGCAAAUCGUGUGCAUGGUGGGCACCGCGCGCGUAAUGCAUACCUGUCACACAUCCUGGUGCACGACGGGGCACGGCCCUUCCUGUCUGAGCUGGACUUCUUCAACCUGAUUUACAUGGCCACGAUUGGGAAGAAUACCAUUUUGGGAACGCACGCCACGGAUUCUGUUAAGCGGAUAGGCAGUGAGGACCAAGGGGAAGAUUGCCCCAGGGUGAAAACCAACGUGGAUAGGGAAUUCAUAUUUUUGGCGCAUACUCCGCAGAUAUUUAGCAGCGAAGUGUUGCUACAAGUGUGUGCCAAGUUACCAUUAACGGGAAGAGGGGAAGUCCAACAAAGCAGCAUAACCUUCACCGAUACAUCCUCCCUAUUUCAACACUUUACAAAAAAAAAAAUAUUCGCUUUGCAGGCAAGGUUCCCAAACUUCAAAGUGACGACCCCGACAGAUGUCCUCCUUGCCAUUAUUCUUAUGGGACACCUUUUUAAAAGUUCGCAUGCCGACGUAGACAUGCGGAUGUUUAAACAGGCGUUUGUGAAUUCUCCUUCGAGUUACAUUCCUUCCAACCUGCUGAACGAUCAUUUUUUUUACGACUCCCUGGGGGGGAAGCAGCGAAUCCUGUACAAACACUUUUACUACAAGUGA